AUGGAUAUAACGUGUGGUUUGGAAUCGGUUGGCAUAAAAAUAGAUCCUGGUGAUACAUGUCGCAUUCUUUAUAUUCACAUGCAAGGUCAUUUAUCAAGAAUUUGUUUUGCCAACUCAACUUGGGGUGAAGUUGACUCAAAUGAAUGUUUAACGAAUAGGAUGCUAGAUAUGGAAAACAAGAUUACACAGUUUGAGCAGCAAAUAACUCCUGUCAAUUCAACAGAAUUAUUGGAGCUUUUAAAUGAUCUGCCUCACGCCUUUCAAAACUGUGAAACAGGACUUGACGUAAUGACAGGAGUGGAUAUUCUAUACAAAGUUGCAAAUCUUCUCAAUGGUACCGAAAUAUUGAACUUUGACAAUGAAGACGAGAAUUAUAUUGGUUCUUUAAAACUCUUGCAAACAAUCAACAUGUACUCGAACAAACCGAGGAAUAAAGCAUGGAAUAGAUCAUCAUACCUGCAACCAAAUGAGUACCUAAGUGAGAAAUCUUUAAUAUUAUUUACCAUUACUGUGUAUAUUAAAUGUAUAUUACUAACGAAAAUAGGAAGUAGAAUAUUAAAAUAA